AGCCACGUGCGUGUCCCCGCCGCGCCCGUGCGGGGGGGGGUGCGCCGCUGCGCCAUGACGCGGCACGCCUUGGCGGGGCUCGCGCUGGUGGCGAGGUUUCACAGCGCAGCCGCGGACAUAGACAACGUGUUCCCGGUGGUGUGGUCGACCAACCCGCUGGCCCGACACGUGGCGUGCGCGGUCCCCGCUGGCGUGCCCACGGUGUGCACCCUCGCGCCGUACGAGGAGUCCAACCUCACGCUGAAUUGGGGGGCGGUGGACAUUACGGCCCUCCCAGCCGUUGGCGCACUGUACGAGACCUCCCAGAACUACAAGUCGUAUGGCUCAGAUCCCAAGUACGUGUACGGGGCCGCCAUUGAAGAACGCGAGCUGCCCUAUUUGGUGGGAGACACUCUCUCCCGUGUAGUUUACGUGCCUCCAGCGGAUAUUUUCCCCCCCGAGGGCCGCUGGGCGACCGUCACCUACCAGACCGAGGAGCCAGCCAGCGGGGUCAUGUCCGAGACUGGCUUCUUAGCCCUGGGAGGCCCUUCGGGUUACAUCGCAGGUUCUACUUUCAUUGCUGGCGCCGACGACUGGACCAUCUCAGGCAACAUUCACGCCGAUCCCAGCGUGACGACAAGCUACGCGAGCGCCUCGUACUCGGGGGCCAUUGCGCCUACCUGGCAGUCACUCGGCUGGGGCCUGCUGAAUCGUUACAUCUACGGCACGGACGAGGUGCACUACGUAGACUUCGACACAGGCAGUGACAGAUCCAAGUGGUAUUUCGAGGCCCCUGCGGCGAAGUUCUACAUGCCCGACAUGGCCUCGGCGUACGGAGGCACGAUUCGCUUUACCAUUGCGAGCACCUACGGAGAUUUCGCCUAUCUCAACGCGGAUUUAGAUUUCAUCGUGGUCGAGGUGACGCUUGCCGAGGGAAACUUCUGGAAGCGCGACCCGAUGAACAGGGCGAAGGACUUCACGGACGCCACCGCCUGCGAGAUAUCGGCCGUGCUGGCUGGGCUCACGCGCCUCCGGAUACUGGGGGACCACACCCGUGCCGGGCUCAGCGGCAGCGGCCAGACCUCGGACAUGGGUGGCUUUUUGCACGACAAGGGCUUGACAGUCCUGGGGCCAGACAAGAGGCCUCGUGAGGCCCAAGAUGAUAGCAUACGGUAG